UUCACAGAGACAGGCAGGCACAUAGGCUACCGAAAAAGAUACAGGCAGACGGACGGGAAGCUUUCGAGGUGGUCACGGAUGUGUUUCUUUUUUAAAGGCGCUCGGAUCUGUCUGAGAGACUUUCUUCCCUCAAGAGACCGGCAGUUACAGCGGAGGUCCAGCACAGAGAGGCAUGAGCUCAUUGAUUAAUCCGGUGACAAAAUGCAUGAACGGCACUUGCCAUUGUACACGCGCCCGCAUCCAGCUCAAAGUAAGGCAAGGUGACCGAGUGGAUUUUUGGCGCUAACUCAACAUUCUGUAAAAAACCAGUUUGGCACAACCUGCCCCUGCAGAAUGGACGGACGUGCGUCUCAUGUGAACAUCUCAAGACAUUGUGGAUUAUAUUGUUAACCUCGGGGCGUGGGGUGGAGUAAGACAUUGUUUAUAGCUCACCGCGGGGACUCCAGGUGGUGGGGGGAGACAUGGACCUGUCCCCGUCCAAUCUCUCGUCCGCUGCGGCGGGGGUGUUGGAGGGCGGCAGCCUGCCCGACCCCCUCUUCCAGGACCAGACCAACCUGAGCAGCAGCUACGCGGGGGGCGGGGACGUCUUCUGGCUGCUCACCACGGCCAACGGCUCGGCGUGGGGGGGCAGCGCCGGGACGGCGGCGGCAGGGCCCACCCUGUUGCCCGUGCCGCCCCCGCGGGUGCGCGACCUGGCCCUGGCGCGCGUGGAGAUCGGGGUGCUGGGCCUGGUGCUGGCGCUCACCACGCUGGGCAACGGCUUCGUGCUGUGGGUGCUGCUGCGGCGGAGGAAGCACCACGCGCCCAUGCACCUGUUCAUGGUCAACCUGUGUGUGGCCGACCUGGUGGUGGCAUUCUUCCAGGUGCUGCCGCAGCUGGUGUGGGACAUCACCGAGCGCUUCCAGGGCCCCGACGCUCUGUGCCGCUCCGUCAAGUACCUGCAGAUCGUGGGCAUGUUCGCCUCCUCCUACAUGAUCGUGGCCAUGACGGUGGACCGCCACUACGCCAUCUGCUGCCCCCUGCAGGCCUACCGGGGCGGAGCGCCCUCCCGCUGGAACACCCCCAUCAUGGUGGCCUGGGGACUGUCACUUGUACUCAGUCUGCCACAGGUGUUCAUCUUUUCCAUGUCGGAGGUGGCCCCGGGCAAGUUUGACUGCUGGGGCAACUUCGCUGAGCCGUGGGGGCUGAAGGCUUAUGUCACCUGGAUGACCAUCGCCGUCUUCAUCCUCCCAGCCUGCAUCAUCACAGUAUGCCAGGUCCGCAUCUUCAGGGAGAUCCACGACAACAUCUACCUGAAGUCGGAGCGGGUGGUGUCGGCCGAGUUCAAGAGGAACUCCGUGCUCCUCCACCUGCCCCCGAGGGACGGCCAGAGGCCCCGGGGGAGCUCCAUAGGAGCAAGAGGAACAGCAGCAGCAGGAGGAGGUGGAGGAGGAAAAGAGAGGCGCGGCAGCCGAUCCUCCUCAAACCGCCAUUGCAGCCUCUCGCGGCCGUCACUUGUCGCUCCGUCUGCUACCACCGUGGCGGACCUUCGCAACUCUUACGACACCCCGGCCCUCUGCAAGGCUGAGGGGGCGGUGAGAUUAAUGAUGCCUCCUGCUGUUUUGUCCCCCUACAACGCCAGUGCCAGUGACGAUGACAACAGCACCCACACACCCUCACGCUCACCCUCCCCUAACGCCCCUAAUCAUCAUCAGCCAGCCUCUCUGUCAGACCACCGAAUGCCACAUACAACACCUCUGGACCCCUCUUUGUCCUCCACCGUUGCCUACCCCCAGCAGACACCAGGCAGCCACGUCCUCCACCCCCACCCCCAUCAUCAUCAGCACCCACACCAGCACCAUAACCAGCACCUCCAUCCCCACGGCCGCAGAGCCAGCAGCAACUCUCACCACACUGCUGCUGGGCGGCCCAGAACCCCCACCACCACCACCACCGGUUCCACCACCGACCUCUGGCCGGACGUCUUGCCCGACCACCAGACCCCCUUCCCCCUGUCCCCCGGCCCCGGGGGGCCGGUACCCGGGGUCUACCCGUCGCUGCCCCCUCCGCCGGGCGUGUCCAAGGCCAUGUCCAAGACGGUGCGCAUGACGCUGGUGAUCGUGCUGGUCUACACGCUCUGCUGGUCGCCCUUCUUCAUCGUGCAGCUGUGGGCCGCCUGGGACCCCGACCCACCUGACCAAGGUGAGGCCAGAGGAAUAGCCUUCACCAUCCUGAUGCUGCUGGCGAGCCUCAACUCCUGCACCAACCCCUGGAUCUACACGGCCUUCUCCAGCAGCGUGUCCCGCGAGAUGCAGGACCUGCUGCGCUGCCGCUGGGGCACCGCACGCCGCGGCUCCCUGCCCGACGACUCCACCACCACGCACACCUCCACCACCACGCACACCUCCACCACCACACACACCAAGGACAGCAGCAUCUACUGACUAGGGCAGCUGCCACCCGCGCUGGCACCUGCGCUGGCACCGCAGCCCAGGUGUGGACUUCAUCACCACGGGGAGGUGUCUGAGGGGCACGGCAGGUGGCAUAGACUCUGUGACUGAGGGGACUGACUGCAGGCUCCCUGCCCAACAAC